GGACUUUCCAAAGCACUUACACUUGAAGUGUCAUUUGGGUUACUGGCUAACUUCUGUUUGAUCUUUCCGUCUCCCCCAUGACCACUUCUGUCUCAAUGAUUAUGCUGCAGUAUGUCGACACUGUCUAAAGAGUUUGCACCACAUUUACGCGUUACUUAAGUGGCCUGCCUUCCUCGGCCACAUUCUCGUAACAUGGCUUUCUCCAGUCUUACUCCUGCACCGAAGCAACCUUCCUGUUCUGUGAUCGUAGGAACCGUUCAAACACCAAAACAAAGGAGACUGAUAUUAUGCCAACAAAGCAAGGAAACGUGGUCAACUGAAAGCGAAAGCGGAGACGGCCUCGAAAUUGUUUCCGUAUCAGAGCAACUUGAUGCGAGUGUGUUUCUCAGUCAGUAGUGUGACAGUAGCGUGUGUUUUUCAGUCAGUAGUGUGACAGUAGCGGCUGAUGCUUAGCAGCGGAGCCGGGUCUUUCUGAAGGAAGCUCUGCGGUCGAGGUGGCUGCUGGUGCCAAGCGAGGAACAGCUAUGAAGGCUCUUUCUCAGCGGGCUUCAACUGAAUCGAUCGCUACAGAAAGGCACAUCACUACAUCUCACUUGUUCAAUACACCCUAGAGCUUACACUUGAUCAUAUAGAUUUAUUUUUACGGUGACGAUAUAUAUAGAUUACUGAUUUGAGCUUUGUGUUCAGUUUUUCUUUACUUUUUCAGGGAUUCAGGGAAAUACACAUUUUGGCGUAUCAACAUAAAAUAUAAUAUUUUGGUUUAUUAUAUAUAUUUGUUCAGCCUGCUUGCUUGAUGUGAAAUAUGAACUUUUGGAUACCCUUCAAUAUGUUGGCUACUUAACUGUAGUAAACACCUUCAAGAGGGGUAGCUAUUUGAUGAGAUUUGGAAUUCAUCUUUUGUUGGGGUAUUCGACCUCCACUUCCAUUAGAUUGACUCUAUACAACCUUCUGGAUCCCUCCUUGACCUGCAAACAUGCCUCGUUCGUUCCUGGUGAGGAGAGGGGAGUCCCAUCUUCUGCGCCCCACAGCUGGUAGCUUAUGCCCUGGUACCACCCCGGUGCCGGACGGGCCCCUACAGCCUGAAGAGGUCCAGAUGGGAACCGCCCAUAGACAGGCUUCACCAAAGAGCGCUUUGUCUUUUGUGUCACACCAUGAGGCUUACUCACCUCAGCCGUGUCCAUCUCCAGUCCUCCACCCAGCCUCAUACAAUCCCCCUAACCUCUACCCCAACAAUCCCUGUUCUUCAGACGAUGGAACUGUUGGCCACCUCCCCACCCCUACCAAGCUGAACCUCCUCAGCCGUGGGGAAGAUGAGUCCUCCUCCCAGUCUCCUCAGGCCUGGCCCUCCCGGACCCAAGCGUCUCCCAGGGGACUGCCAGAGCUAGGAUGCUUCCUGCUGCAUACCCGCCUCCAAGGAGAGACUAGACACAGGGACUGUCCCCAGAUCAGUGACCACAGCCUCAGGGCCCCUGGAAAUGAAUGUUCGUUGUGUGGAAAGAGUUUCUCUUCCAUCUCCGGUCUGGAGUCCCACGUCCGCAGGUCCCAUGGUGGCAGACGUAAGCAGUCGUCCUCCACACACGCCAGAACCAACAAUCAGCCCUAUGGCUAUAUGCCGGACGUGGGUUUGAGCUACAGGGUCAAGGAGCGGACGUUUGGCUGUAAAGUUUGUGGGAAGGUGUUCAAGCGCUCCUCUACCUUGUCCACCCACCUGCUCAUCCACUCGGACACGCGGCCCUACCCCUGUCAGUACUGUGGCAAGAGGUUUCACCAGAAGUCGGACAUGAAGAAACACACCUUCAUUCACACAGGUGAGAAGCCCCAUGUAUGCCAGGUGUGUGGCAAGGCCUUCAGCCAGAGCUCCAACCUCAUCACCCACAGCCGUCAGCACAGUGGCAACCAGCCCUACCACUGCCCCCGCUGCCGUUACGGCUUCCAGCGCAAACUGGACCUGAGGCAGCACCAGGAGAAUCACUGCACAUAGGCCUUCUGGCAGCAACCCUGCUACCAGCUGGCCUGAGUUCAGCGUUUCCACCGCCAGGAGAAUCACUGUCCAGAGAGACCCUCACAUGGUCACAGCUGGCACCCAGCAUUUUUUUUCCCCCUUUUCAUUUUAAAGAUGCACCACUCAGCAAGCUGAACAGAAGGGUUAGAUGAUCCACUUAAAAUUCAGACAAACAUUCAGUAAAAAAAAAGUUUUUUACAAAUGUAUUUUGCUUAGAUAUUUGACAGUUAAGUUAAUAACCUAGAACACAUUAGCCCUGUGGUAACCUCACGAGCGGACAGUGAUAAUUUCCUGUAAGAAAUUCUGCAUCAGACUAGAACAUCUUAAACUUUAUAUCCACCAGGAAAUGCAAUUUCUUGAAGUCUACCAGCAUUCUUUGUAACUAUUUUUUAAAUCAUCACUUCAUGUCUUGUAAAUAUUGUAUUUAUUAUAUAAACAUAAAUCCUAAAUACUUAACGUUUCUAUCAUUUAUUAACCUUAGCCUUCUUUGGGCCUUGAAAUGCUUACAGAAGUAAACCUUGACAUUGUGCUUCCGGAGGACAUCACAGAGAUGGCGUCCACAGAGGGGACACCAAAGUGUUCCUUUGAUUUGUCAGACAACAGAUCAUCCACACAACUAAUAUCUUUCUGGGGGAUAAAGUCAAAACCAGGCAAUAACGUGCACAUGUAGACCAAUAUGGGUUUCCAGGCUCUUCAAAAGCAGGGAAUGAUCAUUGGAGUCGUAGGCAUCACAGAACGGACGGAGAGCCUUGGUUGGACACCAUUAAAAGGUCAUUUACCACCUUCACAAGUGCAGUCUCAGUACUGUGAUGGGGUUUAAAAACCACAUUGUUUCAUAAAUAUGUCUUUUGAUAAAUCAUAAAUAAUAUUUUAGAGGAACUUGAGGUUCAAUAUUGGUUCCAAUAUUUAAUUUAUCCAGAUCAGUUUGGCUUUCUUAAAAUAGGCUUUAUAAUGGCAACUUUUACAGUGUUUGGUACACAAAUGGGCCAACAAGUAGAAGUAGUUCAUUGGAAUAGGGUCCAGUUUGAAUCUGGUAGUUUUAGUGCUCAUUACUAUUUUAAUAUUGAGCAAUACAGGAUUUAAAACUUGUGUCCCCAUUGAUCUGUAUCUUGCAAUUGUGUGCAUCUUAGGGCAACUACAUUUUGGCAAACUAUGCUUGAUUAGGAAGAAGUCAAAUUUGUUUUCUAAUGAUCUUGGCCUUUUUGUCAAAGCUCAUGAAUUUAUCACGGCUUAAGUGAGAGACAACUUGUCUUGUGGACUGCAGCUUUUUAGUUUAGUUCACUUCACAUACACAUGAGUACAGUUCGCAAUAACAUUUUUGUAAAUACAAUAAGUAUUCCUAAAAACCUAUGGGCCAAAUAGGAUGUCUACAAUAAUCAAUAAUUGAAUAAAAGUUGUCCACAGUCAAUUUCCACAGAGUCCAGGACAAAAUACUCAGAUGUAGUGGUGGACCAAAAAGCAUCCAAUCCGAUGUCGCCACUCGUAUUCAAAAAAGCCAGCCAGAGUGAGUAAUCCAGUCCGUGUCACCGUCACACUAUUUCUUGCCUCCGUUCCGGGAUUUCAUCCUUAUCAUCCUUCAGCAACUACAAACUAACAAUGCGGAGGAAGCGAGGUUCGCUCGCCCGCCCACGGAAUCCUCAGGCACAGACAUACUUAAGAGGAUCGGCCACAGUACAAUACUCAACUUAAUUCAACGGUUUUACUUCCCUUUGGGAGGGGGGAAGACAGGCCCAUCAACAGCAGUGUUUCCAGGUGUGGUCGGCCGGUCCCACGUUACUGCUCCAGAGACUCCUUUGGUCCGUGUUCCUGCGCACCACAUCUCGUCCGGUAGGCACCUCUCUCAACGCGCUUCCUAACCCUCCCUACAGCAGGUGUAAUCAUCACAUUUAUACCAUGAAAGGACGCGCUUUGGCCAAUCGCCGUUGUGUCAGUUAAGGGGGCAACUGUCCGACACGUGUCCGUGCCCUCAUCAUGAAAAUUAGUACAAGGCAGUAACGAUACACACCAGAAAAUGCACACGGACAACACACAAAUCAAAACUCCACACACAUGCAUUUAAAGGAAACUCAUUAAAACGAUACGCCUGGAAUAUACUAUUUGCCACCCGUUGACAGAUGCCAGGGAUCUAAUUUCUUGUCGCAUAUUUGUUCCAUUUUGAGAGGUGCGACGCGUCUGGAAAAACUGUUAGAUUCACAAUGUCCAUUCCACGGGACAUAACUAAAUCCAAAGAAUGAAGGUGGUCCCAAAACCCACGGAAUAUUUUGGAGAGGAUCUCUUGACUUCUCCAUGUGAAGCUGCCAAAAACUAGAAUUAUACCUGCUGGUUCAAUAAGAAUUCAGCUGACUAACUGAGAAACGCUUUAUAUUGCCCAGGGAGCCUGUAAAUAGUAGAUAUGGGAAGGAAUUGAGUAGGCUGCAUAGCUUUCAUGACU